UUUGAUAAACUGGAGGUUGCUGAGGAGUACAUGAGAUUUCACCUCACCACUUGCUUCGAUGCUGAUGGUAACGAGGAACCGGACAACUACAAACAGGUGUCACUGCAUUUGCAGAAGUUCGUCGGGUACGGCAUGCGAGCCGCUGCUAUGCAUCCUUUUGAUAAGUCGCGGAAAAAAGACGGAUCGCAGGUUGUGAUGCUCCGCCCUUUCGAUUUUCUCAAGAGAAUUUACUGCCACAAGGUGUCUAGCCAUGUGUGCACGGUGGACAGCAAAUUGGCGCUCUCGGAACCCCUCAUACCGUUCGAUAUUCAACUUGACGAGUUCACAUCGAAGCUUCGGUCUUAUGAAUUGCAGGCGCUGGGCCAGGCUAUUCUACACAGUGCGAUCUCUGUUGGGUCGCCGGAUGGCGGUGGGGACCCGGGUGCUCGACAAAUCAGCUCGGUGGGAAUUACCGAACGUGAUAAGGUCGUAGAGAAGUCUGAGCCUGUCCAGAAGUCUGAUCUCUCGCCUCGUUCACUAAUGAAUACGGUGUCCAAACGGUUAUCGCCGGGUCUGAAGCAAUGGCAAGGUCCGGCGGAAGUUUCGUCUUUACGUCAUGAUGGUGGCAGUGAAUUUGGCGAGGAUCUUGAGAAGACAGAGGACGACUUAUCAGCGGAGCAACCUCUGCUUGAGAGAAAUGUUGAAGGAAACGAAGGACAUGAUGAAGACGAAGAUAAUCAGUUCACUGGCUACGACGAAGGUGACGGUGACGAACAGGGAGUCGGGGACGGCGAGGAAGGGGUGGAAGACGAGGACGGAGGGGACGACGACGACGGUGGGGAUGACAAGGAAGACGGUGACGACCAUCGUGGGCUCAAAGAUGGCAAUGAUGACGAGGGAACUGGGAGGCUUCGCUCUGGAGACGAGGACGUCCUCAACACACAGAGAUCAGUAUGCUCGCGGAAGAGAAAAUCGAGAGCUAGCGGUGAUGAGGAGCAGAGGCGAAGACAGUCGAAGUUGAUAGGUUUGGCAGCUUCGGAGGAGGCGUAUAAGAAGGCAUUGGACGCACAGUCGGCGAAGGCGGCGAAGGAAAAGCGCGAGCGACCACGAUCUUCCCAACGACCAAAGAAGAAAGCGAAGACAAACGGUGGAAAGGAAGUUGCAGACUCCGGGGACGAGGCCGUCGAGGUUGACCCUCGAGAUAAUACGUCCAAACCGGAACAGUUGGUGUCGGAUGCUAUCGACACAACGAGAUGUUUCUUUCUAAGGUAUGAUGACAACAACAAUGCGAUCGACCGGCCUGUUCAGGUGUUCGUAGAUGUCCGCAAGAUUUUGCCGAACCCUGACAACGGGGAAUUCCAGUACAAUCACAGACCCCUGAACGAGAUGUUGGUCGCCUCCAUCAAAGACGCUAUGGAACGGCCAGAGAAACAGAAAGAGUGGGACAAAAACACCUUCAUUCUGACUCGUGUUAUAGAAGUCACGGGGAACGGGCAGAAACAGUGGCAACGUUUGAAACCCAAGGACUGGAGGGACACGGAUGUCAGUUCGUACCAUUGGUACGCCGUGGCAGGCCAACACACGCCGGAAGCUGCGAAGAGGUGGGAUCGAGCGAACUCUCCCACUGCCAGGAAAUGGGGCGUGCAGUCGUGGAAAGCGCGUGCGGUGUACUUCGAUGAUGACCAUCUUGACGGGGAUUUCACUGCUGGGGAGAAGGAGAUGGCAUUGGAUUUGAUUUUGGCAGAGAAGGUCGUUGUCACCACCGGCAGGACUUUCGCCAAGAAACUGAUGAACAUGAACGACCUCUACACAGAAGUGCGCAGGGAGAGAUACAUGGUGCGCAUGUUCAACUACGUGCUCUUCAAGUCGGAAUGCAGGGGACAGCGUGAGUGGAAUGACGAUUUCUUCAUCGGGUAUGAUGAUAUUAUGAAGAGGUUUGAGCCGCACGGGAAGAAGAGAGAAUCUUUAUGGAAGUACUUGUUCUGCAAUGCUCCUGACACACGAACGGAGACAGAUUACGUUGCGCAAAAAGUCGUCGCUCUCCAACACCUCCAGCGGUACCACGACGCCAAGAUUGGUGCAAUCGAGAUAUUCCUGGCACGUUGCGAGGACCUAUGGUUCAACAAAAAGAUGUGUUGCAUCAACGCAAGGAUCUAUAACGAAGCGUUGGAGCCUAAAGACCGUUUCGAUAUAAUGGACAGUGAGAAGGAUACCGAUGAUGACGAGAUCGACCUGCCGCUGCCUGAUGUAAGAAACCACGCAACUGACAAGAACAUGUGCACCGGGUCCUUAUCGGGGGGGGACCCGGCGGUGGUUGAAGUCGGGGGACCGACGAUGACCAGCUGCAAGACCGCCCAGCUCACACAUACGCAGACGUCAUCCGCAGGAGAUGGUACCGAGGCAAGCACUUCGAAAUGGAAAGACAAGAGAGGCGCCCCAGGGUUUCCAACGCUGAUGUGGCAAAUGUUCGACCACGUCAUGAAAAUGCCAACAGAGAACCAAACUCGUGGUCAACAUGACGACGCGGGGCCCGGGGAGGAUGACAUGUGUCGGGAGGACAAUCCGCUGUUCCACAUUCCAAACGACGAGGACAAAGAUCUAACUCCUGGAGAUGAAAUCGAAAGUCACAUGAAGGAGAGCAAAGGAGGACCUCACUUUUUGGACACCAAGUUCACAGAGACCGAGGUGUACAAAUGGGGCCAUCACAUCAUAUGGCAUCUAGGUGUUCUUGAGCCAUGUGUGUUUGAUGGCAAAUGGCACAUGGUUGUCCGAGUCGGAGGGAAGUGGAUAUUGAAGAAGAGACUGAGCAGGAGUAAGUUCCUUGAGACUGCAAAGGAACAGUUGUUGCUGCGCGUGCUGCAGGCAAACAAGGGUGCAGGAGAGCAAGAUAUCAGCGAAAAGGUGAACUCCGUAUUUGAAGCGCUGCUUCAAAACUAUCUUCUAGAGUAUUGCACUGCUUUCUAUGAAAGAAAAUCGAGCCCUUCACGAGGACAGAUCAGAUGGGCAUUGGAGUGUCGUCAGACGAAACAAAUGUACGACAGUGACAUAUUGGUGGGGUGCACUCAAGCCAUGGAAGAGAAUAUCCGAAAUGGGUCUAGACAAGGAGCCGUUAAGACGAGUGUUGCUGAAAAGGAAGGACGUGAGAGGAAGGACGUCGAAUAUAAACAACAGGGAACUCAUGAGGCAUCAGUUGAUGGGCUACUAAAAACGCCGUUUUCUGAGGGCGUUGGUGCGGUGCCAGGGGAAAAGACGGCAGGUCCAGGAUGUGGUGGGGAAGAGGCAGGAAAUACAAAGGAACGGGGGGAAAAGAAGGCCACAACCGACAAAGAUGCGAGAGAUGCCGGAGAUGGGGGUGCCCGGCGGGUGCCCAGUGGACUGGGAGACCCACUUUCGGCAACCAACACAGGCAUGUCGUCACAUGGAGGACGGAGUGGGGGGCAGCACGAUGCGGGAGAUGCACUGGUAUUUCGAGGAGCAAGCCCGCGGGACACUACCAAGCCUUUGGCGGAUAACAGAGAUGAGGGGGACAAACUUUUGCACAUGGUAUGCACUGACUCUGGCUCGCAGAUAGCACCAGACUCGAUGGAGAGGGAAGAAGGUGGUGGUAUGGAGGGAGUUUGUAUGACACAUGGUCGUGAAGCGGAAAUGAUAAUGACGAAGCUGACGGGGAUGCAAACCUCGAACACAACAUGGACGUGGACAGCGAGGAUGGAUUGGGAAAGGAAGCUUCCUGCCGUGGCAGAUCUGGCGGCAGCAGUUCGAACGUGAUCAACUUGGUCGAGCAAUCAGGUGAGAACGGAGGAAAGUCACACAGUGAAGGAAGAUCAUUGUCAUCAGCCGAGCCAAC